AUGAUUGGGCGCGUGCUUAUUGGCUUAGGCGGAGAGAUAAUUGGCGUCCUAGGAAGUGAAAUCACAACGCGCUGGUUCAAGGACAAGGAACUAUCUUUGGCGCUGUCAAUGGUUCUGUGCAUAUCGAGACUAGGCUCCGUCGGAGCCUCCGUUUUCGUCCCCAGGAUGGUCGAAAGCUUUGGCGUGGUAUGCGUUGUAUGGAUCGGGUCGAUAGUGCCAUUGGGAGUCGCUGUUACUGGUGCUUUUUAUCUACUAGCCGUUGACACUACAACUUCGCACCAUGAGAGUGAGAACAUUGAUUCGAUAAAAUCGCUUCGUCGGUUUCCCGCUAUCUUCUGGCAGUUGGCCUUAAUUUGCAUACUGGGCUACGGAGGUAUCAAUACUUUCACUAUCUCUGCGCAGCGGUUCCUAGCCGCAUGGUUCUACGAUGGAGAUCAACGCAAGGCUGGAUUUGCCACAGGUAUACCAUACUUCCUCUCUGGGAUUCUGACUCCCGUAUUUGGACUGUUGUUGAAUUUGCCAUGGUUUCGAAGCUACCCGGGGGCCCUUGGUGCCACUAAUAUCCUCAUGAUGGCAGCGCAUCUUCUAUUGCUUUAUAGAAUAGGACCGAUUGGACCGAUGUGUAUGUUGGGGAUAGCGUUUGCAUCUUAUGGUGUGGUAUUUUGGGCCGGGCUCGCGCGAUGUCUCCUCUCCAUCGUCGAGUCCUGCUCGUCAAAGACAAAUAUGCCAGAGGCCGGGUGCAGAGCUUCAGAUGAACUCGAAUAUGGGACCAUUCAACUCCCGACACAACUCUCUGAUGAUCGCUCUGAUGCUGACGGAGAUAACUUGCCGGGGGAGACGGGUGAAGGCAUCAUCACACUUGGCUAUGGAAUUAUGACCAGUCUCAAUAGCCUGAGUACGGCUGUGGUUCCGAUCCUCCUCGCCAAGAUAGAGAAUGCCGUGGGCUUUACAGGCUUGCAGGUUUUCUUUCUCAUACUAUCAUUACUCGGGCUUUUCGCAUCUGUUGGGUUGUCAUGGUCUUGGAGGAUCUAG